AUUCCACCAAGAAAAUUAAGGAUGUCUUAGAAGAGUUCCAUGGCAGUGGAGUGCUAGCAAAAUAUAAUCCUGAAGGGAAACAAGAUAUACUUAACCAAACAAUUGAUUUAGAGGGAUUCAGGCUGUUCAUGAAAACUUUUCUGGAGGCAGAGCUACCUGAUGACUUCAUUGAACAUCUUUUUACAUCAUUUAGCAACAAAAUCUCUCACUGCAGCCCUUUAAUAAAAAACAAACCCCAGCACCUCUCUGGAGUUAAGGUGUCUGAAGAGAGAUGGAAACAGAUGCCAGGUUUGAGACUUAACAAAGGUACCACUGCAUCCCGACCUCCUACUCCUGCCAACUUGCAGUUACCAGAUGCGAUCCAAUUGAAAGACAUUGUUUGCUAUUUGUCUCUGCUAGAAAGAGGAAGACCUGAAGAUAAACUAGAAUUUAUGUUUCGAUUAUAUGAUACAGAUGGGAAUGGAUUCCUGGAUAGUUCGGAGCUUGAAAAUAUCAUUGCUCAAAUGAUGCAUGUUGCGGAAUACCUUGAAUGGGAUGUUACUGAACUGAGUCCAAUCCUCCAUGAAAUGAUGGAAGAAAUUGACUAUGAUCAUGAUGGCACUGUGUCUCUAGAAGAGUGGAUCCAAGGGGGAAUGACAACAAUCCCGCUCUUGGUGCUUCUUGGAUUAGAGAAUAAUGUGAAAGAUGAUGGGCAGCAUGUAUGGAGGCUGAAACACUUUAACAAGCCUGCCUACUGUAAUCUUUGUUUGAACAUGCUAAUAGGAGUCGGCAAGCAAGGUCUCUGCUGUUCUUUUUGCAAGUAUACAGUCCAUGAACGCUGUGUCUCAAGAGCUCCUGCUUCUUGCAUCAAAACCUAUGUGAAGUCUAAAAAGAACACGGAUGUAAUGCACCAUUUCUGGGUAGAAGGAAAUUGUCCAACAAAAUGUGAUAAGUGUCACAAAACUAUAAAAUGUUACCAAGGCUUGACUGGACUUCACUGUGUUUGGUGUCAGAUCACAUUACAUAAUAAAUGUGCUUCACAUCUAAAACCUGAAUGUGACUGUGGACCUCUGAAGGAUCAUAUUUUACCACCCACAUCAAUUUGCCCAGUAGUAUUGACGCUUCCCACUUUAGGAGGUUUACUCCCUGAGGAAAGACAGGCAACAGUGAAAAAAGAGAAGAGUUGUCCCCAGCAAAUGAACAAACUGGGAGAACGGAACAAAAUGCAAAGAGCAAAUUCAGUCACCGUAGAUGGACAAGGUCUUCAGAUCACUCCAGUUCCAGGCACUCAUCCACUUUUAGUUUUUGUCAAUCCUAAAAGUGGUGGGAAACAAGGCGAGAGAAUUUAUAGAAAAUUCCAAUACCUUUUAAAUCCUCGUCAAGUUUAUAGCCUUUCUGGAAAUGGACCAAUGCCAGGGUUAAAUUUUUUCCGAGAUGUUCCUGAAUUCAGAGUACUGGCAUGUGGCGGAGAUGGAACAGUGGGCUGGAUUUUGGAUUGCAUAGAGAAAGCAAACUUGCUUAAGCAUCCUCCAGUUGCUAUCCUGCCUCUUGGGACUGGCAAUGAUUUAGCAAGGUGUCUGAGAUGGGGAGGAGGUUAUGAAGGUGAGAAUUUGAUGAAGAUCUUAAAAGAUAUUGAGAACAGUACAGAAAUUUUGCUGGACAGAUGGAAAUUUGAAGUAACACCCAACGAUAAAGAUGAGAAGGGAGACCCAGUGCCUUACAACAUCAUCAAUAACUACUUUUCCAUUGGAGUGGAUGCUUCAAUUGCCCACAGAUUCCAUAUCAUGAGAGAAAAACAUCCAGAGAAGUUCAACAGUAGAAUGAAGAACAAAUUUUGGUAUUUUGAAUUUGGCACUUCAGAAACUUUCUCAGCCACCUGUAAGAAGCUGCAUGAAUCUGUAGAAAUAGAAUGUGAUGGAAUUCAGCUAGACUUAAUCAAUAUUUCUCUGGAAGGAAUUGCCAUUCUCAACAUCCCAAGCAUGCAUGGCGGGUCAAAUCUCUGGGGAGAGACAAAGAAAAGACGUAGCCAUCGCCGGACAGAAAAGAAGAGGUCAGAUAAAAGAACAACUGUCACAGAUGCCAAGGAAUUGAAGUUUGUAUGCCAAGACCUAAGUGACCAACUCAUGGAAGUUGUUGGUCUGGAAGGAGCUAUGGAGAUGGGUCAGAUAUACACAGGCCUGAAAAGUGCUGGAAGACGACUUGCCCAGUGCUCAUCUGUUGUCAUCAGGACCAGCAAGUCUCUGCCUAUGCAAAUAGAUGGGGAACCCUGGAUGCAGACCCCUUGCACAAUAAAAAUAACCCACAAGAACCAAGCACCCAUGCUGAUGGGACCACCUCCAAAAACUGGUCUUUUCUCUUCUAUCAUCAAAAGAACAAGGAACCACACCAAGGAAUAAGCCUACGUAGUUUAGUUUUUAGAAAAACAAUUAGCUGUGUUGGGCUUUGGCAUAUUUAUGCUGGAAAUCUUUCAAGAAUUUUAGGAUAUAUUCCACUUGCAAAAUCAUGGAUUUUUGUUUAUUAGUUUCUGUGACUGAGCUGAUGUAAAACUAUGCUAUUAGAAAAAAAUAGUGUCACAGUUUUGUAGGCAUUUUGCAUGAAGAAAGCAGAUGUUUACAUAAAGUGAUACAGCAUAUUUUUUGUUGCAUGCGUUACCAUUUACUAAUUUAUGGGAUAAUUUUGCCAUGGAAUAUGGAAAGAGAAUGCCAUGGAUAAUUUGAUUUUCUCUCUAUAAUUCCAUUUAAUUUUUUUUUUCUGCUGCAAAGAUCAUAUGCCAUGUUUUCAAUAGUAUUUCUUGGACAAGCAUCUUCAGGUCAGUAACUGAUUGGACCUAUUUAGAGUAAAGUUUAUUACAGAUCUCAUUAAUCUGUACUUUUAGUUUAACAAUUUUUUUCUACACUGGGAUUAUUUUUCUUCAGCUAAGUAUUAAAAUCAUAUAUCUUAUUCUGCUAUGUCAUAUGUAUAUGAGUAACUGUACCUACAGAAAACACCUAACUGAACUCCCUUGUGUGCAGUAUUCACAUGACCAUGAUUACUCCUGUGAAGGCUUUUUCAAGAGUGGAAUCCAAAAACAAGUUUGAGCAAAAGCUACAUUGCUAAGGAGAUCAUGUGAAGCAUGAAGAUAGUGAUACUUGCAAAAUUCAUCAUUGGUACUUUUUGCUGAAACACUAAAAUAAUUGUAACGAGCAAUAAAUCUCUGUGACAUGAAAAACUUUAAAUCAUUCUGCAUAUUGACCAAUAUUACAGUGUAUAUGCACACAAAUAACCAAAGCUCAUGCCUAAUAAAGUGCAUUUCCCACCAAAGAUUUAGUGAAGGAUACUUCAGAGAAAUGGGUUAAUGCAUAAUUAAUCAAGCUCACUGAAGUAGACUCACUUCUGAAAAUUUACAGUUCUUUUGAUUACCUUGGCAAUGUCCAGACAAAUGCUAGCAUAGGAAAAACAUUAAAUUAAUUGCAUAUAAUGCUUACUUUUUAUUUGUUUCAUAAGUUGGUAGGCAUAGACACAUACUGAAAAGUUAAAGUGAUAUCUAAUUUUGUUGUCAUUAUUAUUUAUAAAUUUAUACUAUCCAUAAUUUACUCAUCCUCUAAAUUAGUCUCUCAAGAGAAAGAUAAACUGCUGCCUAGUCCACUUCUAUAGUCUGCUGCCUGGGAUCAAAGCAUUUCUUCUCAUAGAGAUUUGGGGGGCAGUUGUUCAGGUUUUGCUUUCCUAGACCUCUGAGAGAUUUCCUAACAACACAGAAAUCAUACUACAGAUAUUUGUCUGAGGUUUGCACAGCACUGUUUAAUGUUGAAAGGGAAUCCAAGAAUGGCAACUUUUUUUCAAUUUUGCAUAUAAACAUACAACCUCAAUAAAAACUUUUUGUGCGGUCUUGACAUUAACCUUGGUUUAGAAAGACCUACUCAUCAUCUCUGCAUGUCUUAAGUUCUCAGAGAUUUCAUCAAAACAACAGAAAAAGAUACAACUUUGCUUGAAAUGCAUGAUUUAUCAGUUUUCUCAUGCUUUUAUCUAGACUUUAAAGUGUUAAUGAUUUAUUAAAUCUAUUUUUCUAUUGACUCAUUCAUCCAUUAAAAAAUAGUAUUUCAUCAUUCUAUAGUGCACGGUACUGUGCAUGUAUUUAAAUACAGUUGUUGUCAUUUGUUCCUCAAUAUUCAGUAUUCAAAAAAAUCUUAAUUUAUAUAAUAGACACAGAAAUAAAAGUCAGUAUAUAGUUGGUAAGGAUUAUGUCUUUGAAAUAUACAGUCAGUGUUCUGUAAACAUUAGAAGGUAAAAAACAAUUAAUGUUGCAUUCAGCAUUAGGUAGAAAAAUACAAUGACAAUUAUUUGCUAUAAUUAAGAUCUUGUAAUUCCCCUUGUAAUAUUCCUUGUAAUAUUCCUUGUAAUAUUGGGUCCAGUGGUGUUUACAAUUACAGUUACUAUAGGAGAGAAAAUUUACUUUUCUUGGAUAAUGCACACACACAUAUACUCAGAAAAAAAGCAUUUGAUGGAGUUCUUAACUGUAAACACAUAUAAGUAUAGAGCGAAAGAGAUUUGCAUAAAGGAGAUUGCUGACAUAAUGUUACAUAAAGUGUACAUUGAUUUUAUGAAAUUAUGGUUAAAGGCGAUAAAUAUUUUCACAUAACUUGACAUAGGAUUUUCUACCAAUGCGCUCAAAUUUUGUGGCAAAAAUGUGUUUAAUGAUAAUAUAUCAUGUGCUCUCUAUAAUUAUCUCAUGAACAUUGUAUCUCUGAAAAUAAAUAAAAAGAAAUAUCAGCUAUUCUUUAA